UUACCUUAGUGGAAAUCCAGGUGAAAAUGAGGAAAAACGGAACGAACUUUUCAUCGACUUCUCUUCGGCAUGUCUGGCCUCGUCUGUCAUUGAGGUACAUGACAACCAAUCAGAUUAUACUUUUCAGGGAGUCGCCCAAAUAAGGCUACUUGAACAGUCACGUGACUGUUCAUUCAUUAUUACCGUAUUCGCGCCAUUAAAUCCUAUUCAUACAAGGAGGAUUGCUGGAGGAUUGGCUCCCAGCAGGGGGGAGUCGUCUUCUGUGUUUAACGUCGCAAACGAGAGCGAUUUGGACAAUGAGCUUUCGUCCACCCGUGUGCCCACCAAGGAGUGACGUGAUAACUUCGCGCGUAUCGAGAUGGCUCCACUGGAUUCUCGAAAAAAAUUGUAGUAACCUUGAGAAAAUUACUUCUCAUUUCAUCAAUAUUGGGAGAUAUAUAGACUUUUAUAUACGAGCACGGAGCUAUUGAAAUCGGCUUUCUAAAUCAUCAACGUCCGUGAUUUGAUAUUCAACUAUUGCACAAAUAUUAUUGUUUAAAGACGAGAAAUCAAAUUCGCCGACAUGUUUGUUUACAU